AUGUUGAAGGCCUCGACUGGGCACUGUACAGACAGACGUAAGCAACAGGCACCGUCCUCAUUGUCGGACCAAGGCGACGUCUCUUUUCCCCCACUCGCUCUCAACUUGGCUUCGGUGAUCUCUGUGGUCGAUCGAAAUGCAUCUGUUCCUCGCGCUGUAUACUUCAGCGCUCAGCUGAAGCUCUCCGUGAGGAUAGAUCCGAUCGUACAAUCUCGAAGGACAUCAAGUCGAGAGCAGGCAAGGAACCGCAAGGAGCGAAGUAGUAGAGUGUCCAAGUUAGCCGCCGCUGAUUUUCCUUCCGCAUCUGCCGAAUGCAGUAUGGGCACCAAUCCAGCCAACGUCGCAGCACGUUGUUGUGGGCGCAAGCGGCGUUUGACGUGA